AUGGAAUCAUUGAAACCUACAUUAGAAGAACUCAAUUUUUGUAUGCGAGACCCCAAAUGUAUCAGAAAUGUUUGUGUACUUGCACACGUAGACCAUGGUAAAACUACUGUGUCAGAUUUACUCCUAGCGACUAAUCGUCUAGUAAGCAAACGAAUGGCUGGAUUUCUACGAUAUUUGGAUGAUAGACCAGACGAGCAGGAACGAGGGAUAACUAUGAAGAGCAGUGCUGUGUCAUUGUUAAACUUAGUUCAUGAUGAGGAAGAUGGGAAAAACAAAAAGAUACUGUUAAAUGUUAUUGAUACACCGGGACAUAUUGAUUUUUCUUCUGAAGUUGGGGUAGCUUUAAGGGUUUGUGAUGGUGCCGUUAUUUUAGUAGAUUUAGUUGAAGGAGUUUGUGUUCAAACUCGAGAGGCUAUUAAAAAGGCAUUUGAAGAAAGAGCCAAAAUGAUAUUAAUAUUAAAUAAAUUUGAUAGAUUAAUUGUUGAGCUGCAGAAAGAUAUUGAAGAAAUUUUUCAGUUUGUGUUAAGGGCUAUAGAAGAUUGCAAUGCUAUUAUCGCAGAACUGUAUCACUAUGAAUUCCAGUAUGAUAAUGAUGUAGAUAUAGAAGAUACUGGACUAUUGUUUAGUCCAGAUACCGGAAAUGUAAUUUUUGCAAGCGCAAUUGAUGCUUGGGGUUUUACAACCAAACAAAUUGCUAGAUUAUUUGUUGAUCUAGUUAAAAAUGAAACUGUCGAAUCUCUGAAUAAAAAGUUAUGGGACUUUGACUGCUACAUUGAUUCAAAAAAAGAAAUCAAGACUGGUGCAAUCGAUAAGAAGAAAACCAAUUUAUUCAUCCAAUUCUGUUUGAAAACCAUCAUGCAAAUUUAUGACACUAUCAUUAUCCGUAUGGAAAAGGACAGAACAAGAGUUAUUCUCGAAAGGCUGAAAAUAAAGAUUAUUACAAAAGAUAUGACACAUAAUGAUCCGAAAGUGCAAGUAAGAGCGAUAUUGCAGGCUUGGAUGCCUUUGUCGUCUACAAUACUUUUGCAGUGUUUAAAAAUUAUUCCACCACCUUGUCACAUUGAUAAAAAUAAAAUUGAGUACCUAUUAAAUAUGAACCGCUUCUGCGAAAAUCAGGAUUUAAGUAACUGUAUCGAAAAUGUCAUUCCCUACUUUAUGAAAAGUUCCGUAGAAGAUACUGCUCCUACUAUUGUGUACAUUUCUAAAAUGUUUUGUGUGAAUAAGAAAAACCUCUCUCAGAAUAAACCAAAAGCUUGUAUUCCAAAACCACGUGAUAAAUCUAAUGUAAUGCCUGUCGAAAAAGUUUCUGCUGAGGAAAAGCCGAAAAACUGUGAAAAUGAAGAAAAACCUGAGGAAAACAAAUACAUCGACAGUGGUGUAGCAAUAAUUGCACUCGCUAGAAUAUUUACUGGAACAGUUCGAGUGAAUCAAUCUGUAUAUAUAAUGACGAAUUCUUAUUUACCCGAUGUAAAGAAAAUAGAAGAAAAUUCAGAGGAGUUUGUUGAAAAUAACAAAAACGUGGUUAAGGUUACUAUAAAAGAACUAUAUAUGUUAUUUGGAAGAGAAUUAUUGUUAGUUGAUUCAAUCCCUGCAGGAAACUUCUGUGGAAUCGGAGGAUUAGAAGGUGAUGUUAUACGAACUGCAACAAUAUCUUCAACUUUAAAUAUUGUCCCUAUAACUGAGCGACUUGUUACGAAUCCUGUAGUGCGACAUGCCAUAGAACCGACUAAUCCAAAAGAAUUACCUAUUUUACACCAAGGUUUGAAACUUUUAAUGCAAAGUGACUCUUGUGUUGAAGUCGUCAUGCAGAAAACUGGAGAACUUGUAAUAUUAACAGCAGGUGACGUGCAUCUACAAAAGUGCAUCGAAGAUCUAAAAUCAAAAUUCGCCAGGAUCGAUUUUCAUGUUUCCAGCCCCAUGGUGUCGCUACGGGAGACGGUCAUUAAUGAAAUUUCUGAGACGAGUAGUGAGAUAGAGCUAGAUACCGCUCAAUUUGUGUUGACUGUGAAGUGUGUGUCUUUACCGAAUUGUAUUAGUAACGUUAUAAAGAAUAGCUAUGAUCUUUUGAGAACUAUCGAGGAACAUCAGCAUAAAAGUUUUGUAGAUAUUGCUAAACAGUGCAAAGAUACACGUGAAAGUGACUCAAAUAGAACCGAGAAAGUCUUUAAAAGUGAAUCAAUCAAACGGGGGAUCCUACAUGUAAAAGAACUUUUAAAAACUGCGUUCGAGUCUGCAGGCGAUCUGUGGAAAAAUUUGUGUGAAAAUAUCUGGAGUGUAGGGCGCAGAAGUGACUGUAUAAACCUUUUAAUUAACAAUACAAAAAAUUAUGCACAGAACAUAUUUCUCGAAUUAAACGGAUACGAUAAGCGAGCAUUUUUUGAUCACUGUGUAGUUAAAGCCUUUGAUAACUUGUGUGAAGCCGGGCCGCUUUGUGAGGAACUGUUAAUGAACUGUGCCUUUAUAAUCGGCAAGUUUGACCUUAAAUCGGAUGUGCAGCCCCAAGAUGUUACCCCCCAAGUUACUUCUGCUUUGGAGUCCAGUAUUCGGGAGACUUUUAAAAAGGCGUUCCAGAACCAGGAGCAGCGUUUGGUGGAACCAAUGUACAUUACAGAUAUCCAAGUCAACACCAACAUUUUAGGCAAAGUGUACACAGUCGUGAACAAGCGGCAUGGUAAGGUCCUGAAUGCCGUUGGGAUGGACGAACAGGAAAAGACUUUUCUCGUAAAAGCGCAGAUUCCGGUUAUCGAGAGCGAAGGUUUCGCUAACGAGAUGAGAAAAACCACUUCUGGUCAAGCUAAUCCCAGUUUGAGGUUCAGCCAUUACGAGAUCAUAGAUGGAGAUCCGUUUUACGAGCCUGUAGAAGAAGAAGAUGACGAGGAAGAAAACGUAAAUGUCGAUUCUGGUAUAAGAGCUAAUAAAUUGCGGAAAGAUGUUAGAAGACGUAAAGGACUUCACGUCGAUGAGGAAGUUGUCGUUCAUGCAGAAAAGCAGCGUACUUUGAAUAAAAAGAAAUAA